AUGAGUAGUAUCUCGGAUGAGGCACUUUUCGAUCGAUCAAUUUCAUCGAAGAUUUGUUUUCCAAACAUUGAUUCUCUUUCAGUAAAAUGUCCUAUCAAUGAUCAAUACUGGUCGAUGGUUUCAAAUUUACAGCAAGUCUCAUCGCUUUCAUUACGUUUCACUACUAAUUUUUCACAAUCUGAAUUACAAACUUUUCUCAAUAGAAUGCCUCAUCUUCGCUCAUUGACUAUUCGUCAAAAUGCAUCAUUACCUUUGUCAAUGUCAUUAUUUAAUUGUACAUUUCCAUCAUCAAUUCAUUAUUUGCAUUUAGAAUAUUGUAAACAUUAUUUCAAUGAAGAAGACUGUAUUAUAUUAACUCAUUCUUCAUUGAUUAGUCAGAUUAAGCAGCUUGACAUUCUAGUGAAGAAUCGUGAAAGUAUUAUUAUUCUUGUGAACAACAUGUCCAAUCUUUGUACAUUACGUGCUCGUUUUACGGAUGAAAUAAUCUUUGAAUCUAGGCCUUCAAGAAUACGUAAUAACGUGGAUGCUGAAAUUAUCCUAUGCAAAGAUGAAGAUAUUCAAUGGUUGGUCACCCAUUUACCAUCAACCUGUGCAAUAAGUAGACAUCCAUGUUGUGUUAAUCAUCUUCGAAUAUGGAUUAAAUAA